UAUAAAUUAUUAUAAAUGUCAUGUCUUAAAACAGUUAAAACGUAAUCAUAUUUUAAUAUUAACUAAUAACUAUUAAGCCGAGAAUAGUAAAUCUUAAGUGAUUUGUAUUUCUUAAUGCAGACAUCAGGUGUUUGCUUAUAUUUAUUUAUUUAAUAAUUUGUCCUCUGCAAUGUCUGUCACAAAAUCUUAUACAAACCGUUUAAAAAGUGAUGUGAAAUGUAUGCUGGAAAAUUUUGAAGGUAUUGUAAAAUUGUGCAAAACUGAUGAUGAUCAAACACAAAUUUCCAAAGCUACUAGAAGCGAAUUGAUCGCUUUUGAAAUGGAAGUAAGAGCAGCCAACAUUGUCCGAGCAGGGGAAUCACUUUUGAAACUGGUUUCAGAUAUGAAACAAUAUCUUAUAUUGAAUGAUUUUCCAUCAGUCAAUGAAGCCAUUGCUCAAAAUUCAAAACUUUUUCGCACUAAACAAGUAGAAUGUGAUCGUAAACUCACAAGUCUAGUCGAUGAUAUGUCUACAGAAUUGUAUGAACUUGAAGAAGAAUAUUAUACAUCAAAUUAUAAAUAAAGAAUUGCAAUAAUGAAAUUCAGUCUAAAAUUUUGAAAUUAAUCAAAUGAAGUUAAGAAAUGCUGAACAUUGGAUUUUUACAAACAAAUAUAAGAUACUUGAAUAAACUUAGUUAAUAAAAAAUAUUAAUUACAUACCCAAAAUACUUCUAAUGUAGUUCAGAAUAUAUCAUGACAAUUAAAAGU